AGGACGCGGCUGUUCGGGCAUGGUGGGGGAGCGACAGCGAUGGCUCGUCAUUGCAGCGGCGGCAGCGUUUCUAGCCCUCAUGGCGAUCUCUAUGCUAGCGGGGAACAGACGAAAUGUGGGGAACAAGCGCAUGCUUGCUCAGAAGAAAGCUCGAUUUCAGUCUCUUGGACCCAAUGAGAAGUUUGGAGUUUAUGCUUCGGAGGUCAAGAACACUGAUCCGACGAGCAGAGGAUUCGACUUCUACACCUAUGCCAACACCGAUCCUAAUGGAGAGGAUGCUGAGGCUCAUGCCACCAAGUUUGACGCUCGAGCAUAUCGCUCUUUCGAAUAUUUGUUGAAACGUGCCGACAGGCUGCAGAAGCAGAUCGAUGAGCUCAAGGCAGACCUGGGCACCAAGGAGCUUGAGGUCAACCUCUCUCCUCGUGGCCCCCCGGGACCUAUCGGACCUGAAGGUCCAGUGGGACCAGUUGGACCUCCAGGCCCUCGGGGACCUGUUGGCCCUCAGGGCCCAAGCGGAGCGCCGGGAGAUCAAGGAGUACAGGGAUCGAUUGGACCGACUGGCGACAACUAUGCCUAAAACUUAGCUGUGUGAAUUCGUGGAUUAAAACUAGAAAGAUGA